AUUUGCUGCGGUCUGGAGUGACGUUAGCUGUUCACUAACUCUGACGUGUAGCCCCGCCCAUUUCUAGCAUGUAAGUUAAUUGUUUGAUUGCUCCCGGGUGGACGCAGGUGAUUUGAAUUGCCAUGACCAGGGAUAUAUACCGAGGUAGAGUGGUGGCUUGGUUUGAAGUUCCAAACGGAGCGUUAACCUGGUUAGACAACUCCGCUAUCGCAGCUGUGGUCGCUAGGUGGUCUGACGAGUCAUGGGUCGUCCUGGGAUUCAGAUGUGGACAUGGAAACUGUGUGUCUUCUUGUGCUGGAUGUCCGUGGGCCAAGCGGUGUCAGGACCGCAGUACAUGGUAGCCAUUCCUGCAGUCCUUGAAUCUGGAGCUGAGACCAAAUUCUGUGUGAGUCUCCUGCAGCCCAACGAGACUCUGGUAAUGAGAGUCACUCUGAUGUCCCAAGAGACGAAUACAGCCCUUCUAUUGGAGACCUCCUGUAAAGAAUUUCAUACCUGUGUUAAAUUUAAGGUUCCUUUAGUGCAGGAUGAAGUGGUGCAGAACUUGGAGGUGGUGGUACGAGGCGACACAUUCUACUCUAGAGAAGUCCGAAAAGUUCAGAUCAAAGUCUAUAAACCAAUGACAUUCAUCCAAACAGAUAAACCAAUCUACCUCCCAGGACAAACAGUGCAAUUCAGAGUCGUCACACUGGAUACCAGGUUUAGACCUGUCAAUCAGCUGUACGAUAUAAUCGAACUUGAGGAUUCUACCAGCAACAGGAUUGGACAGUGGCUGAAUGAAACAUCCAAUAGUAAGAUAUUGCAGCUUUCUUACGCCUUGAACUCUGAGGCCCGUGAAGGAGCCUACCAAGUUACUGUGUCGAUUGGGUUAGAUAAAAUACAACACAGCUUCAAGGUGGAAAAAUACGUUUUGCCUAAAUUUGACCUACAAAUAACUGCAGCUGAUGAAGUAAGCAUUAAUCAGGAAGAUAUUGCAUAUGAAGUGUGUGCAACGUAUACAUACGGCCAGCCUGUGCCAGGUAGUGUUGACUUCAAGGUGUGCCGACCAAUAGAUGCCUAUAUUGGUAUACCACUUGUACGCUCCCCUGAACAUCCAGAGGGUAUCCCUGAAGUCCCGAUGCCUUGCUACAAGGAGACAAAGCAGACUGACAAGAGAGGCUGUGCCACUUUUAUCUUCACUAUGUCAUCUUUCACAAAAAUUGCACAAAAGGCACUACAAGAUGUACUGCAACUCACUGCAAAUAUGGAAGAGGAGGGCACAGGUAUUUCACGCUCACAAGAGAAGACCACAGUGAUUUCAUAUGUUGUUGGAAGGCUAACAUUCACUGACACUCCCAAGAUUUACAACAAGGGUUCAGAUGUGGAAGGAAAAGUUAAAGCUGUUUAUUACAAUAAUACACCCAUUCCUGACAUGCCGGUGUUCCUGUUGGAGGGGGAAAGGUGGUCAUCACGUUUGUUACAGAAUCUCACAACAGACAGUGAUGGUGUUGCCACUUUCUCAUUAAGCACAGCUGACUUUGAAGGGGACAUCAAAUUACAAGUUAGCGACACACCGACACUGGGCUACCCUCCUUACAGAACGCCGUACUAUGAUUCGAACUAUCACAUAGUGUCUUUGGCCACACUUUCUUCUCCUGAAGCUAAAACUGUCAGCUCCCUUGAUGUGAAGAAGAAGGAUGAACCACUUUCCUGUGACAAAGAAGAAGACCUCUUCAUCCAAUACACCAUAGUUGGAGAGGCCCAGGGCAUUGCGGAUGUGAUGUAUCUGGUCUUAUCAAGAGGAGCCAUUGUUACACAAGGAGUUACACAGGUCAUAGUCAAAGAUAAAUUGGUAAAUGAGGGCGAGGUGUCCUUUAAGCUGACAGUGUCUCCAGACAUGUCACCAGAUGUCCAGGUUUUGGCUUAUGCCAUCCUCCCCAGUGAGACUGUGAUCGCCAACAGCGCUGACUUCUCUACUGAGCAAUGCUUCAGUCACAAGGUGUCCCUGGAGUUUUCGCCAUCCUCGGCGGUCCCAGGAGAGGAGACCAUCAUGCAGGUUAUCGCCCAGCCAGAAUCUCUGUGUGGUGUGAGCGCUGUUGACCAGAGCGUCCUCAUCAAGGAGCCAGGGAAGACUCUGGAUGCAAACAAGAUAUUUCAAUUGUUGCCUGUGACAAAAAUGUCUUAUAUUCCAUAUGACGUCCAAGAUGGUGAAGAAUGUUUGCAUGUGAGACCGAGAAGAUAUGUCUUGCCAUACCCCAAUGGUGGUGGGACAGCUGAUGCGUAUACAGUUUUCCAGAAUGUAGGGAUGAAGGUGGCAACAAACAUAGUUAUUCAAGAGUCUUCAUGCAUCAAGUACAAAGGAAUUGAAUACUACAAGCGCUAUGGUGGUUAUGGUGACUUUCUAAGUUCGUGACUCAUUCUGAUUAGUUGAUCAUUAAAACCAGUCACUGUCAUUGCUUUUAUUUUAACCUAAUGUAAAAUAUUCUCAGUUGGUUAUAGGGAUAAUCUGGUUAUGGCAGCCAGUGCCCCUGUUGAAAUUGCAGCUCCUGGUAUGUCACUGCCUAAUAAACCACCAAUAGAGACCAUCCGCACUUUCUUCCCUGAGACCUGGAUAUGGGACCUGGUGGAAGUUGGAGAGUCUGGAACAAAGGAUGUGGCCCUCACUGUCCCGGACACCAUCACCACCUGGGAGACGGAGGCUUUCUGUCUGUCCCCUCAAGGUUUUGGCUUGGCUCCACGUAAAAACAUCACUGUCUUCCAGCCCUUCUUCCUGGAGCUCAGCCUGCCCUACUCCAUCAUCCGGGGGGAGCACUUUGAACUGAAGGCAACCAUCUUCAACUACCUGACCAGCUGCAUAAUGGUGACUGUGACCCCUACCCCCUCCUUAAAUUAUACCCUCACCCCCCUCUCUGGUGACCAGUACACAUCCUGUCUGUGUGGCAGUGAGCGCAAGACCCUCAGCUGGAACAUGGUCCCCUCAGCCUUGGGAGUUGUAAAUGUGGCAGUGAAGGCUGAGGCUGUGACAUCCCGAAUUUCAUGUGACAAUGAGAUUGUGAGCGUGCCUGAAAGGGGACGAAUUGACGUGGUUACACGAUCUCUCAUAGUAAAGGCUGAGGGAACUGAGAUGACAAAGACCUACAACUGGCUGCUCUGUCCAAAAGGGAAGCCUUUGGCAGAGAAAGUGGACAUCGUACUCCCUAAGAACAUGAUUACUGGAUCUUCCCGUGCUUCAGUAUCGGUCCUUGGUGACAUUCUGGGCCGGGCUCUGAAGAACCUGGAUGGGCUGCUGCAGAUGCCGUAUGGAUGUGGUUUUUAUUGUUAUACAGGCUACCAGAGACAGCUGAACUACAAAGAUAAGGACGGUGCUUACAGCACAUUUGGCGCAGGACCAGGGAACACUUGGCUGACUGCAUUUGUGUUGAGAUCGUUUGCCAAAGCACAGUCUUUCAUCUACAUUGACCCAGCAAAGAUGGAAGCAUCCGUGACUUGGCUGAAAAGUAAACAACGACAAAACGGCUGUUUUGAACAAUCAGGAAAGCUCUUCAACAACAGAAUGAAGGGUGGUGUGUCUGAUGAAGUUACUCUCAGUGCCUACAUCACUGCUGCCUUCUUGGAGAUGAAUGCACCCAGAGAUGAUUCUGUGAAGCAAAGCUUGUCUUGCCUCAAGGAGUCCAUCAGUGACCUCAGCAACACCUACACCACAGCUCUGCUGGCGUACGUCUUCACCCUGGCAGGAGACAUGGAGACCCGUGCUCACCUACUGAGGCACCUUGAGACUGUUGCAUCACAACAAGGAGGUUUCCUUCACUGGUCUCAGACAGCAUCAGAAACGUCAGCCUCUCUGUCUGUGGAGAUCAGCUCCUAUGUGCUGCUGGCUAAACUCAGUGCCUCUCCAACUGCUGAAGACCUGGGCUACGCCAGCCGCAUCGUCAGAUGGCUGACUAGCCAGCAGAACUACUAUGGAGGAUUCUCCUCCACACAGGAUACCGUGGUGGCUCUUCAGGCUCUGGCUCUCUACUCCACUCUGGUGUUCAGUCCAGUGGGUUCAAGCACAGUGACGGUCCAGUCUCCCAGUGGCAAGCUGACGUUUGAUGUAAAUCAGAAUAACAAACUGCUCUACCAGGAGAAGAAGCUGCAGGGCGUGAAAGGAAGGUACAGCCUGGACGUGAAGGGGACUGCAUGUGCUGCAAUACAGAUUUCUCUUGUCUAUAACAUCCCAACUCCUGCUGAUGUUAACACUCUCAGUGUUGAGGUUAAACCAGAGGCCGACUGCACCAGUGAAAGACCCAAACUCAUUCUGAAACUAACAUCCCUAUACAGUGGAAAGGAGCCCAGUACAAACAUGGUUAUCUUGGAUAUCAAAAUGCUUUCUGGUUUUGUCCCAGACCCAGAGUCUUUGAACAUGCUCAAAGGUGCCCUGCUGGUGGAUCGUGUUGAACAAAAGGAGGAUCACGUUCUGGUGUACAUACGGGAGUUAACGAAGGACAUAGGCAUCAACCACAGCCUAACGCUCAUACAGGAGCACCAAGUACAGAACCUGAAGCCAGCCGUGGUCAAGAUCUACGACUACUACCAGCCAAGUGACCAGUCUGCUACAGAAUACGUCGACCCUUGUGUUGCAGUUCGAAGAGCGUGUGGUCAGUCCUCGAGUUGUCCAGAAGAUACAUAUUAUGUACUUAACACCAUGUCUGUUUGUAUUUCCUUGUUAGUAUUCUGCCCACAACCCCUUACAGCUGUGUAACUACUGAGUCUGAAGUGAAAUACAUGCAUAAUAGACAAUUAAAUAUUGUGAUGUUAAUG